UGCACCGCGUUCGCUCGGGGUCCGAGGUCCAUUGGAAGGAAUCACUUUCUUUUAAACGGAGUACAAGGAUGCGAAAAGAGUGGGUAGUUGUUAAAAGGAAAUUCUCUGAUAAACGAAAUAACGCUGGCCAUCACUUGUAUUGAAAUAUUGUUUUUUUUUUUUACUGUUUGUCUCGUUUGUACUGGUUAUUGGGGAUGGAGAGUUGCUGUCUAAAACGAAGUAGCUGCAUGCAGUAAUUUAUUUUGCUCAUAUGCACUAUUGCGAGCGACAGUUUUUGCCUUUCUGUGCAAUAGUAAAUCUUUGCUGUAGUAAAAGUAUUUUUAAGAAUACGCUACAACUGCCUCAUUUAUCGUUGAUUUGUGGUCAUGGCAGCUCUAUCGUUCCGUGACCCAGCUGGUCCUGAGGACACCCGAGUUCUGCUGUAAUUUUGUUUUAUAAUCUUGUUCUUAGAUGUGCUCAUGUAGCGCUAUAGGUUUUUCCAGUAUAGUGAACAGAGAUUGAACUUGCGAUCUCGGCCGGUUUUCUCGUCAAAACGCAGCAGAUAGUACUUUGUUCUUCGAAACGAGACCUCGCAUGCGGAGUCCUGCUUUCUCUUGUGAAAUCGUCCAAAUGUGACAACAGUUGUUGCGAAUCUACGGCUCUUAGAUAUCAAUCUGUCAGCGUGGUUAACCAGCUAGUUAACGUGACGUCGGCGCUGGGCUACUUUCAGUUUCUCAAAAAAAUACUAAUAACUCCAGCGCAGAAAACGCUCCCGAGUGAUUAGGCUGCUACUUUUCUUUGCGUUCAUUUAAUUCCAGUGGAUACUAUUUGUGUUUUUUCCACGAAAACACAUUUAAAUUUGCGUUUUCGGAAUAUGUAAAUAGGAGCUACACUUUGAGCCACCAAGAAAUGAUAUUUUUAUUACAUUGUGUGCACAGUCCUAUAACUGCUUUCCGGUGUUCAUUGUAGACCAACAAAUCGUCGUUGAAACGUCCGAUUCAGUGAAUCUUCAGAUAAUGUAAAUGAGGUUGGCAUAAAAAAAACGAUGGUUGAAAACCGCUGCGGAAUAUCAUCAAAACUAUACUUUGCAACGCAAAGAGAUACUUGCUUGGCUACGCACUAACCAGGCGAUCGAAGCCAUGUCAUCUGAAAGUGCGCCCCUUCCAACCGGAGCUAAGGGGCGUCCUGAAGCCGGCCGGACGCGUUCGUACGGCAGCCUGGUGCAGUGCUCUGUCUCCCCGUUGCGCCAGCGGCACAUAGAGCAUCACGUCCAACCUGGAGAGACGCUCCAAGGACUUGCCUUGAAGUAUGGAGUAUCAAUGGAACAAAUUAAAAGAGCUAACAGACUGUACACCAACGACCCUGUAUUCCUGAAGAAGUCUAUCUCCAUCCCUGUGCUGGCUGACUUUGAUGCAUUCACCAAUGGAGUCUCUGCUGAUGAGGAAAUGGAGCAGUCAUAUUCUAAUAAAAGCAGGGAGGGUCAGGCUAAGCACAGGAAGCCGGCUGAUGUGAAAGAGGAGGAGCGAGUAAGACCACCAGAGGGUCCUGAACUCUCACCGAUGGACUUCCUGAAAAGAAUGGAUGCCCAGAUCAGUCAGUCCAAAAUGGCAGCUGUUAAGAAGAUCCGUGAAGGACAUCGGCAAUUUGCAUGUAUGGAAGACUCUCACCCUGGUGGUGCCUCAUCGCAUCAGGCGACUGGUAACGCAGUAGCCGCCUCCUCUACCACAAACCAGCGAGCUAUGCUGGGAGCGGUUCCCCUCACCAUCACCAAGCGUGCCACGGUGCUGAAGGACCAUGAGGAUGAGAUCUUUGAGCUGUGACAAAUUGCAUGUUUGCUGGAGAUGGCACUUAACAGAGCAAAUGUGACAGUGGGUGACUGAGUUGCUGUGUUUUUUUUUUGUUUUUUUUGCUGAUAAUUGUGUGACGUCAUUGACCCAUCAACAUUUUUCUGAUCAGUAAAUACUGUAAUAUAGUUAUUUAUUACUGUCUUGAAUCUCGAGGGCAUAUUGUUACCUUUGGUUUUCCAUCCAAAUUUGAUGCCUUAAUUUUAUGUAUAAAUGGUCAUAUGCGCAUUUCAGCUAGAUGUAAUAGAAAAUAUGUGCAUUUUAAUGUGUUGAAGAUACAUUUCAAAAUACAUUGUAGUUCUUGCAUAUUUUGAUUUAAAUGUUAGACGAGGAAAUGCAGAAAAGUACUUUAUCCCAUGUGUACCUAAUUAGAACAUAAUUAGAAAUUUAUUAAUUGUUUUGUACCAGUAUUACCUGACUUCUAAAAUUAUCAGGAAAUCUGCUGACCUUAAUCUUGAUAAAUCUUAUCCCAGCUGUCAUCCACCAAGUCUAUAUAUAUUUAUUUUAGUUUCAGUUGAAAUUAGUUGACUGAAAUAGUGACCUGAAACUGCUGUAAUAUUGAUUUUGCCAGUUCUUGUCUCUCUGCAGAAUGGGAUGGCUUAUUACAGGUGUAUGAUAAUGUUUGCUCACUUCUUGAUUGUAAGGUUCAAUACUGUUUUGAGUUUGUGUGGGCCAUGUGAUUUUGCUGAGUAACUUUGUUGCACUGUACGUCUGCCUUGCUAUGUGGAAUUUGUUGACAUGUUUUUCGACACUAUUUUUACAACGUGUCCUCUGAGGAAUUAAGUAUAGCAAGGAGCUGUGAAACAAGUAGGGGGUGUAAAGGUCAACGACGGUGAUGAGAGACAAGAUUUUGAAAUGCCUGGAAAUAUUGUGCACUGAUAAGUUUGUUAAAAGAUAUUGGUGUGUUUUUUAUUGACUAAACCAAGCAGAAACUGAGAUUGUAAAUUUUGAAUACUGUGGUUUUUAAAGCCGCAAGUAUUUUGCAACAAGUUGGAAAUGUCGAUGGGGUCAUGAUGUAAUACCCUUGAACUAUAGAAUGUAACUUGAAGAAUGAUGCAGAUAUAUUGUUAUUAUUCUUUUAUUAUAAAUGAGCCCUACUAAUGGCUCUCCAAAGUGGAACUUCCUUUGACAUAUGUUACGGCUAGUAAUAUUGCCACAGCAGAACCAACAUCCCUUUCAUUACUAAUGUCAAUACAGGUUUCAUAUGAACUUUUCCAUGUCAGUCUCCCCAUAAUAACCUUCAUAUAAAGGUGUGCUGUUUAAUGACACACUUAAGGUUAUGUUGUCUUGCGUACUUAUUUAUUCUAAAGAGAAUUUAAGCUAUUUUUCACACUGGUUAAUGACACUGUCUAUGUUGAGUCCUUUGAAUUUUCAAGCUAAGAAAACUCAUAACAUUGUGAGGUACAUGUAUAUUUUGAGAUAGGUGCCAAAUAGUCUAUGCAAAUAUUGAUAAAAUAUCUUAAUUUGAAAAAAGCCGAUUAUUACCAAAAACUGCUUGAGAUCUGUAUACUUUUAAAAAUUUAAUAAAGCAUUAACUAUCCAAUUC